AUCUUGGUCGAGAACAAUCCCCAGUUGGACCGAUUUCCAAGGGUAUUUUUUUUUCCCUUGGCCUUGUUUAUAAGCUGGGCGAUCAUGGACGAGUUGUUCAUCCACUCAUCAAUCUUUCGUUGGUUGGGAUGGUUUUCCUCGAUUCUUUUCUUGGGCCAGUCGCCCUUUCCGCUCUUUUCUCUUCAGCGCAAGCUUCAACUCACAUUCAUUCAAUUGCGUCGGGGCAUUUGCACCGUCGUCAAUCUAUCCCGACGGAUCUUCCCGGAAACUGGACUUCGCUGGGAUGUUACACGGAUACCCAAGCCACGCGGACACUCUCCUCGGCUUCAUACACCAGUUCGGACAACAUGACCGUCGCAAACUGCAUCAACUAUUGCGGUGAUCAAGGGUACAUAUAUUCCGGAGUCGAAUAUUCCCAAGAAUGCUAUUGCGGCAACGACAUAGAAGCCGACGACACCAACGCAACUGCGACUGAUUGUGAUAUGGCAUGUACCGGCAACACGCUCCAACUUUGCGGUGGCCCCAAUCGAUUGAAUUUGUUCUGGAGUGGUGCAACGCCUCCAGCUCCACCUGUGAUUGUACCGUCUGUCGGAAACUGGACUUCUCUCGGUUGCUACAGCGACAACGUUGAUGGACAGCGUACAUUUACUGUCGGAAUGGAUGUUACAAACGUCACAAUUGAAACAUGUACCAGUGCAUGCUUCACCUCCGGCUAUCAGUUCGCUGGGACUGAAUAUUCUACCCAGUGCUUCUGUGGCACGAGUAUUGCAAAUGGGGGUGCUCCAGCGGCGAGUACUGAUUGCACGAUGACUUGUGCUGGAAAUAGCUCAGAGUAUUGUGGUGGACCAAAUCGACUAAACGCCUACAACUAUACUGGGACCAACUUGCCCGCCAUUAACAGUGGUGGUGGAGCCGCUGGAGGGGGCGGGUCGACAACCGUUUUCCCUGUGCUCUCAGGCCUGCCGCAAUCGUGGAGCUACAACGCUUGUUGGGUAGAUAACGCUCAUGGCCGCAUCCUCCAGACAGAGAUUGGCGCAAGUACGAACAACACAGUCGAGUCAUGCAUUGCUUCGUGUAUUGAAGGGAACUUCACCGUGGCGGGAGUGGAAUACGGCCAAGAAUGCUACUGUGGGAACGAACUCAUCAAUGGAGCGGCGCUCGCCGCAGAAUCUGAUUGCAGCAUGAGCUGCACCGGAAACUCGACCGAGGCUUGUGGCGCAGGAAACCGUCUUUCAGUAUACUCGACGACGAAUAUCACUGCACUUCCUAUCGCAAUUGCUCAGGUAGACGAUCUCCCGGGAGAAUGGGCCUAUCUUGGUUGCUACACUGAUGAACAAACCGGAACACGUACCCUGCCGUGGCAAAACAUAUGGCCCACGAACAACAGCGUCGAAGCCUGUCUGAAUCAAUGCGCUGCCUUUGGGUACCCUGCGGCCGGACUCGAAUACGGCGAAGAGUGCUACUGCGGGGACAUCUCUGAUAUAGCCGCACAUUCCUCUGUCGAGGCAGAGGCAUCUGACUGCGACAUUCAGUGUUCAGGUGAUCCCCUCCAUCUCUGUGGUGGGGGUUUGCGCCUGCAGCUGUACACUUGGAAUGGAACAAUGAACGUUUGGCACACGCCUGAGGUCACUGGUCAAUAUGAAGUGAUUACUCUCGGGAAGGUGGUCGUUCCUCUGAUCGCGACGGUGGGUGUUAAUAAUAAGGUGACGUUCCUCGAGAAAAGCGGUACCAGUAGCUUUGCAAACUCUACGGGAGCCUACGAGCUUGACUUGAGUUUGGUGGAUCAGUUCGAUUUGGCUUGGCGCACGAUGCAUGUGCAGACCGACGUCUUUUGUUCAGGAAGUAUCAUUCUUCCGGAUAUAGCUGGACGGCAGAUUAAUGUCGGAGGUUGGUCGCUGACAAGUACGUUUGGUGUCCGCCUGUACACCCCCAAUGGUGUUCCUGGAACAAAUUCAACAAAUGACUGGGAGGAAAACUGGGAGGAGUUGAGUCUUCAGCGAGGCCGGUGGUAUCCGACAGCGAUGAUGAUGGCAAACGGAAGUAUUCUGGUAAUUGGUGGUGAAACAGGAAGCAACGCCUCUCCGCAGCCCAACCUCGAGAUACUACCCAAGCCUGCUGGCGGAGACACUGUUGUAGACCUCCCUUGGCUGCAGAGGACAGACCCGAAUAAUUUGUAUCCCUUCAUGUUUGUCUUGCCUGGCGGUGGUAUCCUUUCUGUGUACUACAAUGAAGCGCGCAUUCUCGAUCCCGUUACCUUCGAUACGGUGACGGAACUACCUAACCUUCCUGCUUCAGUUAACGAUUUCUUGGGUGGCCGAACGUACCCUCUCGAGGGCGCCGCAGUGCUCUUCCCCCAGUACGCUCCCUACACCGACCCUGUUCGUGUUUUGUUGUGUGGUGGUUCCUCUCCCGGUGCUGGUAUUGCUCUCGACAACUGUGUAUCCAUUGAACCCGAAGUUGAAAAUGCUACAUGGACUUUGGAGCGAAUGCCAUCCCAACGUGUGAUGAGCUGCAUGGUUCCAUUGCCCGACGGCACUUUCCUCAUUUUGAAUGGUGCUCAUCAAGGUGUAGCUGGCUUUGGACUCGGAACAGAUCCGAAUUUGCAGGCGAUUCUCUAUGACCCGACUCAAACUGUCAAUCAGAGGAUAUCGAUCUUGAAUUCAACGAUUGUCGCCAGAAUGUACCAUUCUGAAGCCGUUCUUCUUCCGGACGCACGUGUUCUGAUUUCCGGAUCUGACCCGGAAGAUGGAGUAAACCCGGAAGAGUUUAGGAUUGAGGUAUACAUCCCACCUUAUCUCUCUAUGGGUUUCACCCAGCCCGAGUAUACCCUCGAAGAAAGCGACUGGGCGUACGGAGGAACGUACACCGUAUCUAAUAUCACCCUCCAUCAAGGUGAGAUCUCUGGUGUCAGGAUAUCUCUCGUUGGCGCCGUUUCCAGCACCCACGGUAAUAGCAUGGGCAGCCGUACCAUUUUCCCUGAAAUCAGCUGCUCUGGAACAUCUUGCACUGUCACCGCGCCACCUAACGCCAACAUCUGUCCCCCGGGAUGGCAUCAGUUGUUCAUUCUCGAUGGACCGACGCCUUCAUCCUCCGUGUGGGUGCGCAUCGGUGGCGACCCAGCACAGCUCGGGAACUGGCCCGACCUCCCUGGCUUUACUACACCCGGUGUUUAA